CGAGAGGUGGAAAUUCUGGUUUCCCUUGCCCAGAGCUCCCAGUGCUGGCUUUGGCACUAUGGGUACCUGGAGGGCCGCACUCCCAGCCCAGCCAGGUUGAGCCUCCUGUCCCCUGCCUCUGGGGCCUGGGAAUCCCCCUCCUUCUUUCUCUUGGAUGGCACCUUCGCUCGGCAGUCCGGACAACUGGGUUCCAGACUGUGGCUGGCCCAAGGAGACGUCUGGUGACAGCCUCUGGCUGAGCAUGGCCCUUCCAGUCCUGGGCCUGGACCCCUGGAGCCUCCUGGGCCUUUUCCUCUUCCAACUGCUCCUGCUGCUGCUGCCGCCGCCGACUGCAGGGGGUAGUGGGCAGGGGCCCAUGCCCAGGGUCAAAUACUACGCAGGGGACGGACGCAGGGCUCUUAGCCUCUUCCACCAGAAGGGUCUCCAGGAUUUCGACACUCUGCUCUUGAGUGGUGACGGAGGCACUCUCUACGUGGGGACUCGAGAGGCCAUUGUGGCCUUGAAUAUCCAGGAUCCAGGGGUGCCAAGGCUGAAGAACAUGAUACCCUGGCCAGCCAGUGACAGAAAAAAGAGUGAAUGUGCCUUUAAGAAGAAGAGCAAUGAGACACAGUGUUUCAACUUUAUUCGUGUCCUGGUCUCUUUCAAUGCCACCCAUCUCUACGCCUGCGGCACCUUCGCCUUCAGCCCUGCUUGUACCUUCAUUGAACUCCAAGAUUCCUACCUGCUGCCCAUCUUGGAGGACAAGGUUGUGGAGGGAAAAGGCCAAAGCCCCUUUGACCCCGCCCAUAAACACACAGCUGUCUUGGCAGAUGGGAUGCUCUAUUCCGGCACCAUGAACAACUUCCUGGGCAGUGAGCCCAUCCUGAUCCGAACGCUGGGAUCCCAGCCUGUCCUCAAGACCGACAAUUUCCUCCGCUGGCUGCAACCGGACGCCUCCUUCGUGGCAGCCAUCCCUUCGACCCAAGUCGUCUAUUUCUUCUUCGAGGAGACAGCCAGCGAGUUUGAGUUCUUCGAGAAACUCCACACAUCCCGGGUGGCCAGAGUCUGCAAGAAUGACGUGGGCGGCGAAAAGCUGCUGCAGAAGAAGUGGACCACCUUCCUGAAGGCCCAGCUGCUUUGUGCUCAGCCCGGGCAGCUGCCCUUCAACGUCAUCCGCCACGCCGUCUUGCUGCCCGCCAAUUCCUCUACCGAGUCCCGCGUCUACGCAGUCUUCACCUCUCAGUGGCAGAUCGGCGGGACCAGGAGCUCUGCUGUUUGUGCCUUCUCUCUCGAGAACAUCAAGCGUGUCUUUGAGGGGAAGUACAAGGAGUUGAACAAAGAGACUUCACGCUGGACUACUUACGGGGUCCCCGAUAUCAGUCCGCGGCCAGGCAGCUGCUCGGUGGGCCCCUCCUCGGAUAAAGCCUUGACCUUCAUGAAGGACCAUUUCCUGAUGGAUGAGCAGGUGGUAGGGACACCCCUGCUGGUGAAGUCUGGUGUGGAGUACACACGACUUGCAGUGGAGACAGCCCAGGACAUCCAUGGGCACAGCCACGUGGUCAUGUACCUGGGCACCAGCACAGGGUCCCUCCACAAGGCUGUGGUGAGUGGGGACAGCGGUGCUCAUCUGGUGGAGGAGAUCCAGCUGUUCCCUGAUCCUGAACCUGUCCGAAACCUGCAGCUGGCCCCCACCCAGGCUGCAGUGUUUGCAGGCUUCUCAGGAGGCGUCUGGAGGGUUCCCCGAGCCAACUGUAGUGUCUAUGAGAGCUGCAUGGACUGUGUUCUUGCCCGGGACCCCCACUGUGCCUGGGACCCUGAGUCCCGAAUCUGCCACCUGCUGCCCACCCCUAUCCCGAAGUCCUGGAAGCAGGACAUGGAGCGAGGGAACCCAGACUGGGCAUGUGCCAAUGGCCCCAUGCCCAGGAGCCACCGGCCUCAGAGCCGCCCCCAAAUCAUUAAAGAAGUCCUGGCUGUCCCGAACUCCAUCCUGGAGCUCCCCUGUCCCCACCUCUCAGCCCUGGCCUCUUACCACUGGAGUCAUGGGAGAGCAGCCGUUCCAGAAGCCUCUUCCACAGUCUACAAUGGCUCCCUCUUGCUGCUUCUGCGGGAUGGGGUGGGGGGCCUCUAUCAGUGCUGGGCCACUGAGAAUGACUUCUCAUACCCCGUGGUCUCCUACUGGGUAGACAGCCAGGACCAGUCCCUGGCCCUGGAUCCUGAACUGGCGGGCAUUCCCCGGGAGCGCGUAGAGGCCCCACUGACCAGGGUCGGUGGUGGGGCCGCCCUGGCUGCCCAGCGGUCCUACUGGCCCCACUUCCUCACAGUCACUGUGCUCCUUGCCUUAGUGCUUUCAGGAGCCCUCAUCAUCCUCCUCACCUCCCCACUGGGGGCACUCCGAGCCCGGGGCAAGGUCCAGGGCUGUGGGACCCUGCCCUCCAGGGAGAAGGCCCCACUGAGCAGGGAGCGGCACCUCCAACCCUCUAAGGAAUGCAGGACCUCUGCCAGUGAUGUGGACGCUGACAACAACCACCUGGGCACUGAGGUGGCUUAAACUCUGGGCACAGAUGAGGGCUGUUGGUAGGGCAGGGUGCCUGGCCACACUGGCUGGGGGACCUGAAGCAGUGCAGCCCUGACUAGGGUGGGAGGAGCACAAAAGACCACCUUCCUCCCCCAAGAGGAGCUUCUCCUGCUGCUCUGUGUCAUCAACAGCACUCAGUGGGCCGGGCGCAGCUGCCUGAUUCCCCGAUGGCAUUCCUUUCUACCAAACACAUGGGCUUUCCAAUGGGGUUGCCCCAGAACUGGACCUAGGUUAUGAUGGGAGGACCUAGAGAGGAACCUUCAGUUCUGGCCAUUCCGGGACCCUCUAGAAACAUACUCCUCCAGGAAGCUCAAACACCUGACUGUUCCAGGACCCUAUGGUGAUAAACACCAAAACAUCUAAACAACCAUAAGAUAGCACACUGCUCCUGGAGACACCACUCUGAAAGCAGCUGCCACCUUGGACACCAACACUCCCUCUCCGAGGGGUCUCUAGGGGUUUGUUGGGAGCUGCCUCCUCCUGCUCCUCUUAUGAACCGUGCACCGCUGAAUCCUAGGAGGUCUUUCCUGAAGGCUGACCUCCCUUCUUGCUUCAGUUGGGGCAGAUUUUGAUCCCUUCUGGCCUGGCUGGAAUGGCAAGGGUAAUCUGAGCCUUGUUCACUCCUUCACCCUGGCUGACCCCUUGACCUCUCUCCUCUCCCCUUUCCCUUGUUUUGAAAUUCAAAAAUUGCUUGUCACAUACAGAUUAUUUUUUAUUAAAAAGACAAAGUUUA